AUGCAGUUACUGGCUAUACUGCUCUGCCUAUAUGCUACCACCCCGAGCGUGAUAGCAGAUCAGUGGCCAUACCACCGUGUUGUCGGAGAUAUAAAAGACAAUGGUGACAUCGUGCCUAUCAAGUCCAAGCCAGAGUUCAAAGAACACCCGGACAAUCUCUUCGUGGGCUGGCUGCGUGAUGUUCUCAACAACGCAAAUGUCACCUCCGUUGAGCAUGCUUUCGUAAAUGGCACCCUUCCCGACGAUGCCAAGUGGUUUGAUGAUGUGCUGGAUUCCAUCAAGAUCCCUGCGAACUUUACACCAGCGCCAAUCAAAGUCAGUCCUAAUCUACCCAACUUCCCACUUCGAGAGGCAACGCAGCUAUUCAGUCAUUUGCAAUAUCCUUUGGAUCCCAGGUGUACAGUUGAUCGGUCGCGAUGGUUCUAUCGAACCGACGAUGGAUCUUGCAAUUGGCUCAAAAAGGAUGACUUCAGUACCGGUGCUACAGGGAUGCCCAAGGUGAGAGAUUACAAUCAGCAUUAUUAUGCAGACGGCAUAUCAAAGCCGCGUGAGGGUCCGAAUGCCAGAGCCGUUAGCAAUGCUUUCUUCAAACGGAAGAAGGAACUGUACUAUGAGCACACACCUCUGCUACUGGGUUUGAUAGAGUUUAUCAUGCACGAUGUCACGUAUAGCCAAGACUCGCCCACAGAGUACGUUGAUGUUCCUAUGCCAGAAGAUGAGAAAGACUACGCUCUAAACACGACGCUGAGAGUAUGGCGGACUGCGGCAGUCCCUGGUACAGGCACCGAUACCAAGAAUCCAAGAGAGAUCGCGAACAUGGCAACGACCUGGUUAGACGUCUCUGCACUCUACGGAAGUACACCAGAAGUUCUGCGUGGUCUUCGCUCCUUCUCUGGUGGGAAACUUCUCUCACAAGAAGUACAGGCGCGGGGCACUAAUGCGAAAGCUUCGUAUCUGCCAUUCAAUACGAUGAAUGUCCCAACCAACACGCGACCUGGGAUAGAUCCAAUGACAUUGUUCGGUGGGGGAGAUGCACGUACAAAUGAAGAUUGGAUGCUUUUGGGAGUUCAUACCUUAUUACUCAGAGAACAUAACCGUCUUUGUGAUAUCCUUGCCAAGCAACAUCCUGAGUACGACGACGAGCAGCUUUAUCAGACUAUCAGGCUUGCUUUGUCUGCCAAAUAUGCCUUGAUUGCCAAUUCGUAUCAGAUGGCAUAUUGGACAAAGACCAUGCCAUGGCCUCAAGACGAUGGAUUCCCUCUCUACCGUCAAAUGUACGGACAGAGUGCUCUCAAGAUCAAUCCAGCCAACACAUAUCCUUGGCCACUAGUCACAAAAAAAGGCAAGCCAAUGGUAGUAUCUGCAGAGAUGUCGGUUCUCUAUCGAUUUCAUGAGUUCAUCAUUUCCAGCUUCAAUAUUACCGAUGCUGCGAGUAGUACACUUUGGGUCCAGGAUUUAUUCAGCACAGGUUUCAACGCUUCAGGCUUCAUUGAGGCCGGCCUUGAAAAUGUUCUACGAGGCAUGGCGGGAACCAAUAUUCCAAAUUUCAAGAGCGGCGUAGACGAAAAAUUCCGUUCUGCGGGAAAGUAUAGGGGGAAAGCCUUUGAUAUCGUCACUUGGAGUAUCAUCCACGAACGCGAGCAAGGUUUGCCCACCUUUAACAACUACUUUCGAGAAUACAACAAGCUAGAUCCUCAAGUAGAAGUUCAUAUUCGAUCAACGUUUGAAGAUUUCUCAAGUGAUCCCGAAAUGGUGAAGAAUCUGCGAAAACUGUACAAAUCUCCUGACGAGGUGGACUUUGUUGUCGGUGUUCAGCUUGAUGAAGAGAUGUUUCCUGGAACGACGGUACCGAGAUCAGCCCUCAUAGUCAGCCUGUUCAGUCUGUUCGGGAUGGGAAAUUCCGACAGGUUCUCCGUCGGGUUUGCCAUGAUGCGUUGCUUACUGGUUGAUAAACCUUGGGACUGCCAUCCCAGCAACGGGCUAGAAGAUCUGAUAUGGGCUCGUAAGAAAGUCGACGGCUUCCCAGACUUCAGGUUCUACGACAAAUUUUGGCUCACAGAGCUUGAUCUUCAGUCGCACGGGACGAAUCUUCUAUGGAGAUUGAUAACAGAAAACACGGAGAUCAAGUGCGUCCAGCACUCUCCUCUGUUCCCUGCUGAUCCAAAGACCAAUCCGAUAUUGUGCACAUUGCCGAAGGCCAAGCAGGACCUCAAAUUUCUGGCUCUAUCCGUGCUACAACUCAUUCUCGCUCUGAUAAAGCAACAUUAUGUCAAAAUAAUCGUCGUCAUUAUUCUGCUGAUCGCCUUAAUUACCUUGAUCAUUGUUUGGCGGCGACGUCAACCGCGCCUUGCCUUGCCUCCAGCGCUCCAGGGUUGGCCAAUUUUGGGCAACGCUUUGGCCUUCCAAAAGGACUCCAAGGCGCUUCUACUUCGUGGUUUCCACAAGUUUCAGCCAUUUUCAGGAUGCUUUGGUAUCAAACUCGCAUCAUUGACACACUAUGUCCUUACGAAGCCGGAAGAUCUCGAUAUCAUGAAAGAAGAUAAUGCCUAUGAAGUCAAACUUAAUGAGCACGCGUUCAUGGAAGCCAUCAACAUUUCCAUCAUCACGAAGAAGGAGAAUUUCGAUUCUGAUAUCCAUAACCGAUUGAUCAGAAACCAUUUCAGUGACCCCUCGACCGUCGCGGGUUUUGCCACUACCAUUGAGGAAGCCGCACAGUUGUUCGUCAAAACAAAUCCACUAUCCACCAGUAAGUCACACGACGACCUCAAUGACUACUUCUCACGGUAUAUUGCAUUCGUCGUAUCUCGUUGCGUUGUUGGACCCAAGGAGUUCGACCGUAAGGAGCUACUUGACACGUUCCUGAAAUUCAAUACCGAUGCAAUCAAUGCAAUGGGACUUUCCUCAAUGCUGCCCAAAUUCCUACGAUUUCUAGCAGCAAUAAAGAUCAACAGACACUUCAAAACCAUACGCAAUAUUCUGGUCCCAAUGAUCGCAUCAAGGCGAAGUGACAUCUCCACUCGAGAGAAGGAAUCAGCAUUUGUGAAUUUCAUCAUGGACGUGGUCGAUAAUAACGAUCGCGUAGCAGACAUUGUGGCAAUAGUAGUCUGGGCCGGCCUCACAAACCUUCAAGCAACCUUCUCCUCCACCAUCCUCGACAUUAUCAACCAACCUGGGCUACAAGAUACCGUGUUGUCUUCCCUAUCUAAUGCCACGCUCAGCAAUCUUGACGCCUUCACCAGAUCCUCUUCCGAGUGGCAACUGCUCCGCAGCGCCACAUUCGAAUCGAUCCGCCUUUCAGGUCCCACCACCGGCCCCGCCCGUAUCUGCACCGAAAAUGUCCAGCUCCGCUCAGAUCCUAGCCUUACUCUCCCCAAAGGCCAAGCGGCAACACUAUCAUCAUACUACACGCACCGGCAAAACUCGACCUGGGGCGAUGAUGCUGACAGGUACAAACAUACUCGUUUCAUGGAAGCUGAUCCGCCGGUGGGCGAGCCCAGGUUUGUGACGUGGGGCUUGAAAGGUCCGCACGCUUGCCCUGGGCGCUGGUUCGCUGUGCAGACGAUUCAGAUUAUGGUGAAGGUGUUGUUGGAGACGUAUGAGUUUAAGCAGGAGAAGGUGCUGAGAGAUGAGGAGAAGUAUCUUUAUAAGGGUGGCAUGGUGGAGAGGGCCAAGGUCGGAGUUGAAGUCAAGCGACGGUGA